AUGAAAGACGAUGAGAACAUUGAAACUAUGUUCUCAAGAUUUCAUUUUCUUGUGACCAAACUUCAAGUCUUGAAAAAGAGCUACCAUACAUCGGAUUAUGUCAAAAACAUUCUUAGGAGUCUUCCUUCCAAAUAUAGACCCAAAGUUACAUCUAUUCAAGAAGCUAAAAAGUUAAGUCUUGAAAGUCUUGUUAGCAAUCUCCAAAGCCGUGAAAUGGAGCUAAAUAGAGAUGAGCCUGUAAAGCAAUUUAAAACAUUGGCUUUAAAAUCUUUUGGAAGAUCUGAGAAAUCUUCUCAGACUAAGGUGCAUAAAGAAGCCACUAAUGAUGAAGCUUUCGAUGAAGAAUUUGAUGAUUAUGAAAUGGAUUUCAUCAUCAAAAGAUUCCAAAACUUGGCCAAGAAGAAUAACAUAUUCUCUGGUAGAAGUGUGAAGGAGAAUUGCGAACUUGAUGACGAAGAAGAAGCUGACAAAAGUAAAGAAGAAGCCAACCUAGUUUUGUUUGCUUCAACAUUCUCAGAUUUAGAAUCAGAAGUUGGUUCUGACUCAGAUUCAGAGGACACAAAAGAGGUACUUUCUAAACUCUCUAAAUCUGAUUUAAUUACUUUAUGUCAAGAUCUUAUGGCAAAAUGGCAGCAGAAAGCCAGGCAUAUGAAAAUUAUAAAAAUGAAACAUGGUCUUAUAAUAGAUGAAUUAAACUUAUCUAAAGACAAGAUUGGAAAACUUGAAAGAGAUCAAAUUUCUUUAAUAAAAUAUAUUUCUAACAAACCUCUUGAUAACUAUGAAUCAACUCUUCAAGAGUUUGUCAUAUCUGACUUCAACAUAACAAAACUUGCAUCUAUGGUCUAUGGUGUAAGUAAGAGCAAAGGACAUGGUAUUGGUUUUCAUCAACAACCUUACAAUACAAGGACUAAAAUCUUUGUACAACCAUCAGAUCCUUCUUCUUCAAGCACUGCUCAAAAGGGGCUAAAUGCUUACUUUAUGCCUGCUGUUGAAAAUUGUAAAGUUUUAAAUAAAUCAGAACCUGUGAUGGAUAACUCACAAGUUCUGAAGAAAUCAGAAUCUCAGACUCAAAGGUCAAGAGUUCCAAGUAAACUUGAACCUAAGACUCUCAAUUCAGAGGUUCUAAAGAAUUCAGAACUCAAGGUUAUUGAAUCAAAGGUUCCAUGA